AAAACUUGUUUUCGUUUACGUUUUAUGUUGACGUGGUUUUUCAAUUAAUUUCGCUUAUUUAACGAUUAGACCUAAUUGAAAUUCUUCAAGAAAAAGCCGGUCAAAAUGUCCCAAAAAACAAAAAUAAACGUAAAAGAGCGAUUUUCCGAUGGCGAAAUCGACUUGAGCAUGUCAGACUUAAGCGAGGUCCCAGUUAAAGAAAUCGCCGCUUUAAAAAAAACGUUCAGCCUCGACUUGUCCAACAACAGAUUAACGUCUUUACCAGACACUUUUAUCAGUUUAACUUUCUUAACAAAGCUAGACUUGAGUAAAAAUGAGCUCACCGAGUUGCCUGAAGAGUUUGGGCAGUUAUCCAAACUGAAAUAUCUGGAUUUGUACAAGAAUAACCUGGAAAGAUUACCACUUAGCUUCGGGCAAUUUACUGCAUUGAGAUUCUUGGACCUAAAAGACAAUCCAUUAAUACCUACAAUUGCCAAAGUUGCAGGACCUUGUGUGGAUAAUAAAGGUUGUCAACAGUGUGCCAGAGACAUUGUACAAUUUUAUAGAAGACUUCAGGCUGAAGUAGAUAGUGAAGUUGAAAUGAGCAAAAAAGCGAGACAAAAGCAAUUGGAAAUUAACCAGCAAAAGAAACAAGAGGAAAAGAAGAAACUGAAAAAGGAAAAACAAAAGCAAAAUAAGGAUAUUGCGCCUGAAGCUAUUAAAGCCAAUGGGACAAGCAGUAGUAGUAGUAAAAAGAAAUUAAAAAAAGAGCAAAAGAAAAACAAACACAUACAAGAAAGUAGCAUUAUAAAAACUUUUGUUAAAUUUAUUUUCUUUUCUUUGUUAUUGUGUCUUGUGGCUCUUUGGUUCAUAUUUGCCUUAGACUUACCUGUAACGCAACCAAUGAGGCCUAAAAUUACUGAAUUUUAUGGGCAAUUCUUAGAGAAGUUGCCCCCCAAUUUCAAACCGUAUGGGCAAUAUAUUAGUGACUCAGUAGUGUUACUGCAAAAUGGUACAAGACAGGGCAUUGAACACCUAAGAAAUUGUGAGGUGGUGCAAAUUGCCGUUACAAAAGUACAGGGGCUAGUUAACAGUUUCACUAAGUAAUAAAAGUUUUUAUUUAUUGUUGAAUAUAUAGAUUUUAAAAUGGUCAUUUUGUUUGUUACUCUUGUAAAUUUAUGGGAUUUCUGGUGUUCCAUAUUUUUUAUAUAAUAUUAUUGUUUAUGAAGAGUGAUCAUACAUAGUGUGAUGGAUACAGAAAACUGUUUAUUAUUGAUCUUUUGUAAUAAAAUUUUAUUAAAAAAGUU